UACUGGAAGUCAUGGACAAACAGAACGAAGUGCUUCUUAACACAUUUGUGAUAUCGAAGAAAAAAUUCCGAGUGAUUUACAAUGUCGGCGUGCUUGUAUGGGAGGCUGAGAACUCAAAGAAGGAAAAAAUUACGGUGCCCGUAAGCGAUAUCAUAUCAGUUACGCUAUCAACGACGGCAAGUGGACGGUCAUCUGGUAAAAAUGUCCCACACAGCAUUACAACAACAUACGGGACGACUUCAACCACACACGCACCGCUCAAUGAAGAUUUGGAUUUUGACCGCGUCCCUGUACUCCCAACAUCAGCAUCAAUAUCUACGAAUGCCACCAUAAACACCGUCACAACUACAACUAAUAUUAGCAAUAGGGUUAACUCAUACGAUUUGCUGCACAGUGACGCCAUCAGUGGGGAAGACAUCCUUAGCGGAAACAGCCAAUCUAAUGCCAACUAUUUAAUCAUACAUUACGCGCGGCUUGUUUCACCUCGUGCAUGCAAAUGGAGAGUGCAACAGCUGGUUCUCUACAAAAGCGAGCAGCGGAUUAUCAAGCAUUGGUACCACCGGUUAUCAGAAGAUAUCAGAGAGCAAAACCGACCGAAAAAUUUACUUCUGUUCCUUAAUCCAUACGGCGGAAAGCAAAAAGCUUUUGCCCUUUUCGAAAAGUAUGCCAAACCGCUAUUUAAGUUGGCUCAGGUCGACAUCAACCUGAUAAUAACGCAACGAGCGCAGCAAAUUUACGACAUAAUGACAUCGCAAACUAUCAACCUGAACAACUAUGACGGAGUGGUAUGCUGCGGUGGCGAUGGAACAUUUGCUGAGCUAUUCAAUGGACUGGUUUACAGGACAAUGAUCGAUUUAGGAAUGGAUAUAAACAAACCACCCUACCUUCCGAAACCAAGCAUUCCAAUAGGAAUCAUUCCGGCAGGCAGUACCGACACUGUAGCGUAUUGCUUGAAUGGGACGACGGACAUUAAGACCUCCAUCAUUCACAUCAUCCUCGGUCAAACGCAUGGCCUCGAUAUAUCCAGUGUGUAUCGUAACAGUGACGAUUGUGGUGUUGGUGGUUCUAGUCCGUUGCAUACGACUGCAGGGUUGGAUGAUGCAGACAAUAAUACUCCUAGUAGUACAACAAGAAAUAGCACUAACGCUAAAAGCCGACCACGAUUGCUCAAAUUGUAUGCCAGUGUUUUAUCGUACGGGUUUCUUGGUGAUGUAACAAUGGAUAGCGAAAAUUAUCGAUGGAUGGGUCCUAAACGGUAUGAUUAUUCAGGAGUCAAAAAAUUUCUUCGCAAUCGCGGUUAUUCCGGUGACAUUACUAUCCAACUGGAAAAAGAAGUUCAUGAUAACGUGCGGGUUGAGCGGAACAACCCACACGAUGGCGUUCGAUGUUUAGAAAACUGCCAACGCUGCCAGCUUGCUUCAACUAAGAGUAAUAAUCCCAUCGACUGUGAUACGGAAGAAGUGACCGUCAGAGGAAAGUUCCUUAUGGUCAAUGGUGCUAAUGUUUCCUGUGCAUGUUCCCGCAGUCCGCAGGGUUUCAAUCCGUACAGCCACCUGGGCGAUGGCUAUGUGGACCUGAUUUUGGUGCGACAUACCUCGUUUUUCAACAACAUUCGGUUGUUAUUAGCGAUGUCAUCAAAGACGAAAAAAAUUAGCGAUUUACCUUUUGUGGAGAUUUACCGGACAAAGAAAUUUAGCUUCAAUGGACGCGUCGUGACUACGUUUCAAGGCCAUGGUCACGAAAAUGGGGCAAUCGAUAACGAACUGGAUCAAACUGUAACAACGACGGCAAGUACAACUUCUACGAACGACUCAAGGGACCUGGCGACUGCUCCCAGAAGUGGUGGAGGCUCGAAGGAACAAAAUAAGCAGCUUUCCAAGUGGAAUUGCGACGGAGAGAUCCUUUUGGAUACUAAUAUAACAGUAGAAUGCAAUUGUCAGCUGAUUAGCGUGUUUCGCCGAGGCAUUCAAUGCAGUGAUAAUAGUUGUAAGGAAAACGUUCCGGGCGUUGUAAACUGCUGCGGGCUAUGUAAAUAAUAAGUUACGUAGAAGAUUGUGCUCUACUAUUUCUAUGAUUUUUUUUUAUAUCUUAAGCUUUUAGUUAUGAGACGACUCAGCGGUGGGCACACUUCCUGUUAACGGUGCAUCACGAAGCUACCUAUCCCUCUGUCAAAACAUUGAAGCAUUGAAGACUUAUACAAAUCUGAAAAUUUGUAUAGUUGAGCAAUGGGUAAUCGGGUAUUGAGCAGCAGCCAGCUUCAAAUUUGAAUUUCUUGUGGAAUAAUCAAAAGUGAAAGUUAAUGACUACAAAAAAUCUAAAAACGAUGCAAAUCAUCACUGCUAAACAACCUAUCAUCAAUUAUAGAUAGAGCUGGAAUUAGGGCGUAACAGCUUUUGUAAACAAUGACUUCGCUCGAUGAUUUCUAGGAAUUUGUGCCCGCGCAAACCAACAUAUCCGGGUAGGGGAAGACUUCCCCUACCUGACGGUGAUAUUGAUUUGCUUAGGCGAGCCUUGAGUUUCUAGAAAUCAUCGAGAGAAGUCAUUGUUUACAAAAGCUGUUAUGCCCUAAUUCCAGCUCUAUCUAGAAUUGUUGUAUGAGCCUUAACGAGAAGUGUGCUCGCAUCACUGGAAACGAACCCUGCCUGUGAUUGGUAUUAGACAAAAGAAAAUUGUUAACACUAAUAAUAUGUUUGGAAAUUUGUAUUUACCAUUGCGUUUAUACGCCUUAACAGAAGUAAAAACAUAAAACGAUACAUUUAAUGUACUCCUAAUGUAUCAACUGAUUUCCAAAGUGCUGCAGGUGAUCUAGUAUUACAAGAGUUGAUGCAUAUAGGGUAAGGUGGGGGCAAGAUGGGUCGUUUAUUUAUGUUUUUGAUUGUCAAUAUCAACGAGCCCCAAUGUUGGUUUGAAAAAGCAAAUCACCAUUGGCAUUGCAUUGAACCUGAUACAAUAAUAAAUGUACUAGCUGACCCAUCUUGUCUCGUGAACCCACCUUGUCCCUCCUUGCCCUACAUAGUAGCUAUAAUUGAUGAAAUUCCAAUUUAGUUAGUUCAUAUGGCAUUCCAACAUAUAAAACAAGAAAUUAGAGACUUGUAGCAGAUUGCAAACAUGCUAGGUACUGUAAUUCGGGGGCAAAUUGAUUUGACCAAAUUAAAUGUCAGUUAAUAAAAAAUAAGUUAAAUAUUACAAAAGAAAGCUUCCAAUAUAAUGAAAUUAGAGGAUUUUCAUCAAAUUUUCAACCGAUUUUCAAAUUAAUUGAUCAUGAAGAAAGAUAGAGUCAUCGUAGCUACUGAUUUGGUUAAUAUGCUUUCUUGUAGAAAUGUAUUUCGAUAUUUACGUUAAACAGUGAUCAAUUUACCCCCGGUUUACGGUACACAAGAAGAUGAGUUUAACAUUAUAAGCAGAAUAGCAUUUUUGCUUAAUUGUGAUAACGAUUUUUGUUAACUAACGAGCAUUAAUAGCAAAAUAUAGGGAUUGAGGUUUCCAAUAUACUGGGCUCUGGGAAGGCAACUGAUUUUUAGGCUUUUUUUAUGAUUGUACUUGUUAAAGUACUUUAGUUUGUAUUUUUAGGUGAACGGCAUGUUGUAAACUGUGCACUAACUGUUGACUUCAACCAUUAUAAUGAAAAAAAUAAAUUUUUA